AGCAGGAUUUGAUCUGCCGGAUGAAAUCCUGGUCCGUUCUUCAGCAGCCAGACCUUAGUGGUUCUGGUUCUGGUGGUUCUGUUGGAUAAAAGUCUGAGCAGUUCUCCAGCAGCUGGACAUUCAGCAGGAUGGACACUCAGGCCUACUUGGUUCAGAUGAAGAGCAAGCCCCUGACCUUGAGCGGGAAGGUCGGCGGCCUGUUUCCGGCCAAGCCGCGCGGCCGCAGGCGGCGCUGGGAGGUGAAGCCGUCAGAAAUGUCCCGCAACACGUUGAACCCGAUCCGGGCCAUCGUGGACGGGAUGAAGCUGAUCCCCAACCCGGCCAAGCCCAUGAUCUCUCUGUCCAUCGGUGACCCCACUGUGUUUGGGAACCUGCCGACGGACGCCGCCGUCCUCCAGGCCAUGAAGGACGCCAUCGACUCUCAGAGAUUCAACGGCUACGCUCCGUCUGUGGGCUACCUGAGGAGCCGGCAGGCCGUGGCAAACUUCUACAGCCGACUUGGCUCGCUGGAGGCAGAGGACGUCAUCCUGACCAGCGGCUGCAGCCAGGCCAUUGAGCUGUCCAUCGGCGUCCUCUGUAACCCAGGAGACAACAUCCUGGUCCCUCGGCCCGGCUUCUCCUUGUAUAAGACGCUGGCCGUCUCCAUGGGCAUCGAGGUCAAACUCUACGACCUUUUGCCGGAGAAGUCGUGGGAGAUCGACCUGCAGCACCUGGAGAGCCUGGUGGACGAGAGGACUUCCUGUCUGAUCGUCACCAACCCGUCCAACCCCUGCGGCUCCGUGUUCAGCCGGGAACACCUGCAGAACAUCCUGACAGUUGCCUCCAAGCUCUGUGUUCCCAUCCUGGCGGAUGAAAUCUACAGCGACAUGGUUUUCCCAGGAUGCAACAGUCCUUCCUUGGCGUCUCUCAGCAGCGAGGUUCCGGUUCUGGCCUGCGGCGGCUUGGCCAAGCGCUGGCUGGUUCCCGGCUGGAGGAUGGGCUGGAUCCUCAUCCACGAUCGGAACCGGAUCUUCGGAUCGGAGAUCCGCCAGGGCCUGGUGAGGCUGAGCCAGCGCAUCCUGGGAGCCUGCACCGUCGUCCAGGGGGCGCUAGAGAGCAUCUUGAACAACACGCCGCCCGGCUUCUACAGCAGCACCAUCAGCUGCCUGCAGUCCAACGCAGAGAUCUGCUUCAGCGAGCUGAGCGCCGUCCCGGGCCUCAACCCCGUCAUGCCGUCCGGAGCCAUGUACCUGAUGGUUGGGAUUGAAAUGGACCAUUUUCCAGAGUUUCAGAACGAUGUGGACUUCACGGAGCGCCUGGUGACAGAACAGUCCGUCUUCUGCCUGCCCGCCUCGGCGUUUGAGUAUCCAGACUUCUUCCGCGUCGUUCUGACGGUUCCAGAGGAGCUGAUGCUGGAGGCCUGCGGCCGGAUCCGUGAGUUCUGCCGGGCCUGGUACCGACCGCCCAGCUGCGACGGCAACGACCUGGACCAGUGACCCGGCUGGUUCCGACCCGGCUGGUUCCGACCCGGCUAGUCCUCGUCCACAUCGUGUCUUCUUUGAUGCUGGGACUUUCAGGGACAUCACCUAAUAUUUAUAUUUUAUACAGGCAACAAAUAUUAAAAUAUUACCCUCCAUUG